GUUUUUUUUGUUUACGUUUUGAGAUGAAAUAAUUUUCGUUUACUUUGAUUGUGAUUUAAUUGGAUUUAAAAUUGUUAAUUCUGCAAAAUGAGUGUAAGUGUAAUUAGAGACAAUAUUUUCGAAGGUUCUAAUUGUUUUCGGAUUAGAAUAAUGUUGUCUAUUCUUUCCGGUCAACCGAUCAUGAUUGAGAAAAUCCGAUCUCGAGAAGAGGAACCUGGACUUAAGGAUUUUGAAGUAUCUUUUCUUAAAUUGAUCGUCAAAUUAACUAAUGGAAGUACUUUUUUGAUCGAUGAAACUGGUACCAAAUUGACCUUCAAACCUGGACUGUUGUUCGGUGGACCAGUUGAACAUGAUUGUGGCCUUGGUCGAUCCAUUACUUAUUAUCUUCAGCCAUUAAUCACUCUCGCUCCAUUUUGUAAACAACCAAUUGAAUGUACCUUGAAUGGAAUCACUAAUGAUCAAUUAGAUGUUUCAGUUGAUGCACUUCGUCAAUCAACAAUUCCUCUUGUUUCUAAAUUAAUCAACGUCUGGGAAAAAUCUGAUAUUGAAUUGACUGUUGUUUCCAGGGGAAUGCCGCCUAAUGGAGGAGGACAAAUCAAAUUCAAAUGUCCGAUUCGAAACACAAUUAAACCAAUUAAUCUACUCAAACCUGGUAAAAUUAAACGUAUUCGUGGUAUUGCUUUGGCUACACGGGUUUCGCCAAAUAUUGCAAAUCGUAUCAUCGAUAAAUCCAAAGGUUUACUUUUGAAAUUUAUUCCCGAUGUUUAUAUUCAUUCUGAUCAUUUGAAGGGUAAAAACAGUGGAGCAUCUCCUGGAUUCGGACUUUGCUUAGUUGCCGAAACAACUGAAGGGAUUACAUAUACUGGUGAAGCCUAUUCUAACCCCUCUGGAAGUUCAAAAGGUCCAUCUAUGCCCGAAGACGUUGCUCAAGAAGCUGUGUACUGUUUAUUUGAGGAAAUUUAUCGCGGUGGUUGUGUCAGUUCAAUUAACCAAAGUCUCGUUUGUUUGUACAUGGCUUUGGGUCAACCCGAUAUUUCAAAAGUUGAAUUCGGUCCAUUGUCUCCCUUUACUGUGCAAUUGUUGAAACACAUGAAACAAAUACUACAAAUCACAUUCAAAUUAGAAGUGAACAGAAAAGAAGACGAAGAAGAUGAUCGAGAUGCAGCCUUGAAAAAAGGUUCGGAGAAAAUUAAGGCCACUUGUCUUGGAAUAGGAUUUUCGAAUUUAAGCAAAACAAUCAUCUAAUUGUUACCAUUUAGAUGAAACUGUAAACAUUUACCUCGAUUUGACAAUAAAUUGUUUUGAAUAAAACUCUAAA